AUGUGGCCCUUCCUGAGCAAUGAUCUCUUCCCGCCCCCUACUGAAGCCUGGCUCCAGAAGGUCUCCUCCGAUCCGGAGGCCCAAGGUUGGGGGGCCUGGGGCAGGAUUGAAAAGACCCCGUUGGGGCCAGGGAGUGGAACCGAGAGUGAUGAGGAAGAUGAAGAUGCAGGCUUCCUGCUGGCCAUGCUGAAGCAAGAGAACCUGCCCAAGUCCCCGGUGUACAGCCAGGAAUUGGAGGCCAUUAGGCUGAAGCUGUGGGCCAUGGAACAUGCUGCAGCCCUGCCAGAGCCACCCUAUGCACUGAGAAAGGCCACAGAGGAAGAGGGGGCUGAGGUCAGACAGCUGCUGAGCCCUGAGACCAUGGGCUGCUGCUUCCCUGGGACCUCCAAGGAGAAGGUGGAGGCUGACCACAGAUCUGUUUAUGUGGGCAACGUAGAUUAUGGAGGCUCGGCUGCUGAGCUGGAGGCCUACUUCAGCCACUGCGGGAAGAUUCACCGGGUCACCAUCCUGUGCGACAAGUUCUCUGGACACCCAAAGGGCUACGCCUAUAUAGAGUUUGCUUCUCAGAGCGCUGUGCAGGCUGCCGUGGAGCUGGAUGAGAGCACCUUCCGAGGUCGGAUCAUCAAGGUACUUCCCAAAAGGACGAACUUCCCAGGAAUCAGCUCUACAGAUCGUGGUGGGCUGCGGACACACUCAGGCAGCAGGGCCCAGCCCCUCCUGCACAGUAGCCUGCAUCGAAGGCCUCGGUUUAGACUCCAUGGACCCAGCCGGGGCCGUGGACGGGUCUCACCAUGGUUCUCACCAUAUUAAAAGGAUGGCCCAGUUUUGAAAGUGGGGCCAGGAGCUGGCUCAGGAGUAAACGGCAGU